AUGCAGGCAUUGAGCAGGCCGGUGCUGAGGCAGGCCGCUGCGAGAGGAGUGACACACGGCAGCACACGAACAUACACACGAGCCAGCAAUACGGCCCUCACACGGCAAUUGCAAACGCCUACAACACCAUCACGUCAACAACAACACAUCCGCAGGCUAGCAACCUCCCGCCACGACGACGGCUCCGCCCGCUCAGCAGUCAUCAACGUACUGAACAACAUCGCCAGCAAACGUGAAGUGCAACAAUACCUCGCCCAAUUCACCUCCGUCUCCUCUCAACAAUUCGCCGUCAUCAAAGUCGGCGGGGCGAUCUUGACGGACUACAUCGACCAUUUAUGUGCUUCCCUGCGCAAUCUAAACCAGAUGGGUCUCUUCCCCGUCAUCAUCCACGGCGCUGGACCACAGCUGAACAAAUUGCUGGAGGAGGCGGGUGUGGAGCCGAGGUACAAGGAAGGCAUCCGCAUCACAGACGGCAAGACGUUGGGGAUCGCGAGGAAAUUGUUCUUGCAGGAGAACUUGAAAUUGGUCGAGGCGUUGGAGAGCUGGGGUGUGCGGGCACGGCCGAUAACGUCGGGCGUGCUGAUGGCAGAUUAUAAGGACAGGGAGACGUAUGAGUUUGUGGGCGAGGUCAAUCAGGUUAAUACGCCGAGUAUCAAGGCGGCGAUCGCGGAUGGCUACAUUCCCGUCUUGACCUGUAUGGCUGAGAGCGAGGACGGGCAGGUAUUGAACGUCAACGCUGACAAAGCCGCUGCCGAACUCGCGCGUGCGUUGGUGCCGCUCAAGAUUGUCUACCUGUCCGAGAAAGGUGGGAUCACGGACAAGGAGACUGGGAAGCUGGUCGAGGCGAUUAAUCUGGAUGAGGAAUAUGAGGAGUACAUGAAGAAGUCGUGGGUUAUUCACGGGACAAAGAGUAAGAUUCGCGAUAUCAAGACUUUGUUGGAUGAUCUUCCACGUUCCUCUUCUGUGGCGAUUAUUCAUCCUGAAAGUCUGGAGCGUGAGCUCUUUACUCACUCGGGUGCUGGGACGCUUAUACGACGAGGGACGAAGUUGCAGCAGGCUUCGUCGUUGGAGGAGCUGGAUACGCAGGGGUUGGCUAUGUUGAAGCAGACGCUUGUGAGGGAUCGUGCGGGUUUGGACUCGGCUGCUGUGGUGGAUCGGUAUCUUGAUACGCUCAAGUCGCGAUCAUUCCGCGCCUACUUUGACGACAACAUGGAGGCUUUAGCUAUUGUCCUUCCACCAGCACCCGGCUCGACAAACCAGCUCGCACACCUCUCCACCCUCACGAUGACACGAUCAGCCUGGCUUAGCAACAUUGCUGAUAAUGUUUUCCAGCAAUUGAAACGCGACUACCCAAAUCUUGCCUGGACGGUGAAACAAGACGACGAGAACUUGACUUGGUUUAGCGAGAAGGCGGACGGCAGUAUCGCCAAGAAGGGUGAGGUACUCUUCUGGUAUGGUGUCGACAACCCCGAGGAGGUGCGCCAACUCAUGUCCGAGUUCGUGCAGCAUGGUAGACAAAUGUUUGGUGAUGUAAAUCUUGAGAGCCAACUUCACCGCGCUGCGGCUGCGGCGGAGAGAAUAAGGGCUGGCGCCGCGAGCAUCAUUGCCAGAAGGCCAGGAGGAUCAGCUCAUCAACAGCAACAGCAGCAAGCCCGUGCCUUCUCAACCAGCACCCGCCAACUACGACGCUCCCACCCAGCCAACCAACACCAAAAACGAAACUACGCCACCACAAACCCGAACCCUCCCCUCGGCAUCCACAACUCCGAAAAGAACUACCCCUCCCGCAUAGCCCUCAUAGGCGCCCGCGGCUACACAGGCAAAGCCCUCAUCGACCUCUUAAACCGCCACCCCAAUAUGGAUCUCUGCUACGUCAGCUCCCGUGAACUCGCAGGCCAGAAACUAAAAGAAUACACGAAGAAGGAUCUCGAGUAUUCAAACUUAAGUCCAGAGGAUGUGCGACGUAUGGCGCAGGCGAAGGAGAUAGACUGCUGGAUCAUGGCGUUGCCGAAUGGAGUCUGUGCGCCAUUUGUCGAGGCUAUUGAAGAGUCAGGACAGGCGAGCGAGGCGCUGGUCGUGGAUUUGUCGGCGGACUACCGUUUCGAUGGGAACUGGACGUAUGGACUCCCCGAACUCGUCCAAAGAAGCAGAAUUGCCAGUGCAAAACGCAUCUCAAACCCAGGCUGCUACGCCACCGCCGCACAACUAGGCAUCGCCCCUUUACUCCCCUUCCUCGCCCCUUCGCCUGCACACCCGACGGUCUUCGGCGUGAGUGGGUACAGUGGCGCAGGGACUAAGCCAUCUCCUAAGAACGACGUGAAGAAUCUGACGGACAAUCUUAUCCCUUACUCCCUGACUGACCAUAUCCACGAGCGGGAAAUCAGUAACCAGUUAGGGGCGGAAGUGGCGUUUAUCCCGCAUGUGGCCGUUUGGUUCGCGGGUAUUCAUCAUACGAUUUCCAUACCGUUGAAGGAGAAGAUGGCGAGUCGCGAUGUUAGGAAUUUGUUUCAGGACCGCUACCACAACGAACCCCUCAUCACUAUCACGGGCCAAUCGCCCCUGGUGAAGAAUAUCGCGAAUAAACACGGGGUGGAAAUCGGCGGGUUCGCGGUCCACUCGUCUGGCAAGCGGGUGGUGGUCAAUGUUACCAUUGAUAAUUUGUUGAAGGGGGCCGCGACGCAGUGUUUGCAGAAUAUGAAUUUGGGGCUGGGGUAUGCGGAGUUUGAGGGGAUUCCCGGGGUGUGA